AUGUGGGCUCCUGUCUCUGUGGAGCUGCUGGAGAAUCCGCGGGAGGCACGGGCAGGAUCCAUCCCCCCGAGAAAGAGGCAGAAGGCGGGGGACACAGCGCAACUCUGUGCUUUCAUGGCAACUCGCUCUCAGAAUCAUCAGCUCAAGUCCACAUGUGGGGAAAGAAAUAUGGUAAAUGAGCAGAGGAGCAGUGUGCACAGGGUGAGGACAUUCCCAAAGGACUCCGCGGGGCUCCUGGGCAGAGACACGGUGCGCGCUCUCAUGUACUACGCCCUGAAGGUGUGGAGUGACAUCGCUCCUCUAAACUUCCAUGAGGUGGCAGGCAGCGACGCCGACAUCCAGAUCGACUUCACCAAAGCCGACCACGAUGACGGAUACCCCUUCGACGGACCAGGAGGCACGGUGGCCCACGCCUUCUUCCCCGGAGAGAGGUUCACAGCCGGAGACACGCACUUUGAUGACGACGAGGCCUGGACCUUCAGAUCACCAGACUCCCACGGGAUGGACCUGUUUGCGGUAGCGGUGCAUGAGUUCGGUCAUGCCAUCGGCCUCGUUCACACCUCGGCCAUAGAGUCCAUCAUGAGGCCGUACUACCAGGGUCCUGUGGGGGACCCCCUCAAGUAUGACCUGCCCUACGAGGACAAAGUGCGGGUGUGGCAGAUCUAUGGCAUCCGAGAGUCCGUGUCACACACAAACCAGCCUGGAUCCCCCGCACGCACGGCCGAGCCCCCAGUUCUCCUUGACCUCCCAGAGAACAGGUCCACUUUCCUGCUCGCUCGGGAUGCUCCAGACAGAUGCACCAGCCACUUUGAUGCAGUGGCCCAGAUCCGGGGAGAAGCCUUCUUUUUCAAAGGGAAGUAUUUCUGGAGGUUGACCCGAGAGAAGCAUCUGGUGUCUCUCAGACCAGCACAAAUGCAACGCUUCUGGAGAGGGCUGCCCAACAACAUGGACAGUGUGGACGCUGUGUACGAACGGCCUGGAGACCACAAAAUAGUCUUUUUCAAAGGUCUGAAGUACUGGGUGUUUAAAGACAACAUCGUGGAGGAGGGAUACCCUCGACCCAUCAGUGACUUUGGUUUACCCACGGACGGUGUGGACGCUGCCUUUGUUUGGCUUCACAACGACAAAACCUACUUCUUUAGGGACAACCUGUACUGGCGCUAUGACGACCACCUGAGGAGGAUGGACCUGGGCUACCCCAAAGACAGCUCCCUGUGGAAGGGGCUGCCCCCCAACCUCGACGACGCCAUGAGGUGGUCCGAUGGUUCGUCGUACUUCUUCAAGGGGAAGGAGUACUGGCGCGUCCCCAGCAGCGACAUGGAGGCGGAGGCCGGUUUUCCACGGCUCAUUGCUAAAGACUGGCUGCUGUGCACGGAGAUGCAGUCGGACUCUCCAGAGCCAGAGCCCAAAAGCCCCGAGAGCAGAGGGAACGUGCACGGACACCCGGACCACGCGGAGAACGGCUACGAAGUGUGCUCCUGCACCUCUGACAGUGCAUCUCCUCUGGGGCUGCACACUCAGGCCUCGCCCCUGUGGCUGCUGGGUUUGGCGCUGUGGACGCUGGGGACGGACCAGGGCCAUGCAGCGGCCACAGGGACGGACCAGGGCCAUGCAGCGGCCGCAGGGACGGACCAGGGCCAUGCAGCGGCCACAGGGACGGACCAGGGCCAUGCAGCGGCCACAGGGACGGACCAGGGCCAUGCAGCGGCCGCAGGGACGGACCAGGGCCAUGCAGCGGCCACAGGGACGGACCAGGGCCAUGCAGCGGCCGCAGGGACGGACCAGGGCCAUGCAGCGGCCACAGGGACGGACCAGGGCCAUGCAGCGGCCACAGGGACGGACCAGGGCCAUGCAGCGGCCGCAGGGACGGACCAGGGCCAUGCAGCGGCCACAGGGACGGACCAGGGCCAUGCAGCGGCCACAGGGACGGACCAGGGCCAUGCAGCGGCCACAGGGACGGACCAGGGCCAUGCAGCGGCCACAGGGACGGACCAGGGCCAUGCAGCGGCCACAGGGACGGACCAGGGCCAUGCAGCGGCCACAGGGACGGACCAGGGCCAUGCAGCGGCCACAGGGACGGACCAGGGCCAUGCAGCGGCCACAGGGACGGACCAGGGCCAUGCAGCGGCCACAGGGACGGACCAGGGCCAUGCAGCGGCCGCAGAACAUUCCACACCACGGACUCCUCCGACCAGUGAGGCCUUCCAGCACGGCAGCAUCAGGAUGAACUUGGAAAACUCAGAUCUGUGGAAGUCAUUUCAUAACAUCGGAACAGAGAUGAUUAUCACAAAGCAUGGGAGGAGAAUGUUCCCUCACUGCAGUGUCAGCGUCUCCGGCCUCCAGCCUUUCGCUAACUAUGUCAUCAUGGUGGAUAUGAUUCCUGUGGAUGGUUACAAAUACAAGAUCAUUCUUCACUCCAUGCAUCGGUAUUUCCCACGCUUCCAUGUGGUCCAAGCUGACAGCCUGUACACUGUGCGAUGGGGGCCCUUCCAUACCUUCUCCUUCCCUGAAACCACAUUCACAGCAGCCACAGCUUACCAGAACCCAAAGAUCACCAAACUCAAAAUCGACCACAACCCAUUCGCUAAAGGCUUUAGAGAAGGAGGCACCCAUUCACAUAAAAGAUUCCGGGCACAAAGAAGUCCAUCUGGAAGUCCCUCUACUAAAAAACAACCUAAACCCACCCUGGAAAGCCCACAAAGCCUGCAGAGGAUGCCAUCACACACAGAGAAGAAGAGCCCUCCUCCCACAGAGCAUCUGCAGAAGGAGGGCCACAUCUCCGUCUGGCCCCCGGAGCAGGACCCCUCUGACAGGCUGGAUAUGGAAUACGACUACAGCUGUGAGGAGCAAAUGGUCCCUGCGUCCCAGCCAUACAACUCAUUCAGGUCUCUUGAAUACGGCCGUUACGCUCCGUACCCCGGCGGUGAGACUGAGGUACCCCACGACCAGCUCCCCACAAGUCACCACCCGUACUACAGCAACACAGCAGACUGGAGCCAGCACCCCCUCUUCUCCUACUCCUGCUGGUGA